UAAAUCACACUGUUUCGGAACCUUGCUUGCUUGCUGAUACAAAAUUUGUCUUCAACAUCUUUCAAUUCAAACACAGUAAGUUUCAUCUGUGUCUUGGAAAUUGUAAAGGAGCUAGCUUUACAAAUUACAAGGCCUGAAAAAGGUUAGGCUUCAAAAGUCACCAAUAACAUCUGAAUUCUACCCUGCAAUGGUGGCAAAAAUAAGGCAAAGUGCUAUCAGCUCUCCAAAACCAACAAAACCGGAGGUUGGAGAGAUUGAUACUAGUCCACCUAUUCAGUCAGUUAAAGAUGCUGUUUCUCUAUUUGGUGAAGGUGCUUUCUCCAGCGAGAAACCUUCCAUUAAGAAGGCUAAACCUUAUUCUGCUGAGAGAGUUUUGGCAAAAGAGACACAACUUCACUUAGCCGAGAAAGAGCUGAACAAAUUAAAGGAUCAACUAAAGAAUGCAGAAACUACUAAGGCUCAAGCCCUAGUGGAGCUUCAAAGGCAUAAAAAAGCAGUUGAGGAUCUUUCACAAAAGCUAAAUGUUCUCAAGGAGUCAAGAGAAUUAUCAACUAAAGCAACAGAAGCUUCAAAUUGUCAAGCCAAACAGCUUAAAGAAGAAAAAUGUGGUGAUCCUGUUGGAAGCAAUGGUGCUUGGAAAGAAGACUUGGAAACCGCAGUUAAAAGAUAUGCAUCUGUUAUUACAGAACUUGAUGUUGCAAAGCAAGAACUGAGGAAUAUUCGUCAGGAGUAUAAUACUUCCUUGGAAGCAAGAGUUUCGGCUUUCAAGCAAGCAGUAGAAGCUGAAGAUGCAAUGAAGGCAAACACUGAAAGAGCAUCUGAGCUAUCAAAAGAAAUUUUAGCCGUGCAGGAAUCAAUUGAACGAAUGAGGCUUACAGCUCCAUUGGCACAUCAACCGCAAGAAAGCAUAUUAACUGAUAAAGAAGUUCUACGACAAUCAUAUAGAGCAGCCUUCGAAGAAUCAAGAAGGAAAUUGCUUGCUUUAAAGAAGGAAUUCAGUCCGGACCAAACAGAAAAUCUUGAAAUGCAGCUGAAUGAGACAACAAAUAAAAUUGGGGCUCUGCAAAAGGAAAUAGAAAAUAAAAAGACAUCAGACUUGGAUUCUCUGAAAAGCGUCACUUCGGGGCUUGAUAAUGCUAAAGAAUCCCUGCAGAAAGUAGCAGAAGAGGAAAGCUCCCUAAGAAGCUUGGUUGAGGCUCUUAAGGUGGAACUGGAGUAUGUGAGAAGAGAACAUGCUGAAUUGAAGAAGAAAGAAUCUGAAACUGAAUCUAUUGUUGGAAAUCUGCAUGUCAAGCUUCGGAAAAGUAAGUCUGAGCUUGAAGCAUACUUGGCAGAAGAAUCUAAAGUCAGAGGUGCAUCUGAGGAAAUGAUCUUGACAUUGAACCGGUUGUUAUCUGAAACUGAGAAUGCAAAGCAGGAAGCUGAAGAUAUGAAGAACAUGGAAGCUGAACUGAAGAUGGAAGCUGAAGUAACCAAACUUGCCUUAGAAGAUGCAGAAAUAAAGCUUAAAGUAGCAUUAGAAGAAGCCGAAGCAGCGAGAGCAUCAGAGGCAAGCAGUAUUGAUCAGAUUAGGGUCUUAUCUGAGAGGACUAAUGCUGCUCGUGCAUCAACCUCAGAGCAUGGUGCUAAAAUUACAAUCUCAAAGGAGGAAUAUGAGUCCUUAUCUCGAAAGGUUGAGGAAUCUGAUAGAUUAGCUGACAUGAAAGUGGCUGCUGCCAAGGUACAGGUUGAAGCUAUCAGGGUGAGUGAAAAUGAGGCUCUCAAAAGAUUGGAGGCAACACAGAAGGAGAUUGAUGAUAUAAAGACUGCAACACUAGAGACCUUGAAAAGCGCUGAGAUGGCCGAAGCAGCAAAGAAGGCAGUGGAAACUGAGCUAAAAAGGUGGCGUGAGCGGGAGCAGAAGAAAGCAGAAGAGGCUGCAGCUCGAAUAUUGGCCGAAGCACAGAUGUCACCAAGAGUGUCUCCUCAGCACUACAGGAUUCAACAGCACAAUCCAACUCCAAAAAAGGUUGAAGUGCAAAAGCUUGAAAAGGGAAAGGUUUCAGUUUCAAAGAAAGUUCUGUUGCCCAACAUUAGUGGCAUUUUCCAUCGGAAAAAGAACCAGGUUGAUGGAGGAUCUCCCUCUUACCUGCCAGGAGAGGAACCUCUUUGAAAUGUGAAUGGAUUUGUAUAAAGUUGAGACCAACUUAGAUUUUGCAUUCAUAGCCUUUUGAACUGUCAAUAGUUUGGUAACAAUCACAAGUUCAGGGAUGUAAAGUGUGAAUGGAAAUCAAGUAGUGGAUCAUUAUAUUAUUGAGGUUUCAUGGCCGGUAACAUAUAAACUAUUUUUCUUCAUAAUAAACUAUUCAAAGAUUCUGA